AUGGCGCCUCACAAGUCCAAGGCCCGCGCGCACCACCCGCAGCCGCCGCCCCAGCCCUCCGACUACGAGACAGACGCGCCGCCGCCCGCCGUCGACGUGCCCCUCCCCUCGCCGCGGUCCAACGAAGAGCUCAACUUCUCCGUCCUCCGCCGCAUCUACCCCGAGCUGGUCGCCAUAGAGCACGUCACGCCCUACGCCGCCCUCUACACGUUCAGCCUCGAGACCCAGCAAUGGGAGAAGCUCGGCGUCGAAGGUACCCUCUUCCUCUGCAGGCUCACACCAUCACCCCUUGGCGCCGACCGCUGCAGCGUUGCCAUCCUCAACCGCCGCGGCCUGGACAACUUCUACCUGGAGCUCACCAGCGAAGAGGAAAUGGAGUUCACCGACCCCUAUGUCAUCCUCCAGGGCGGCGACCAGGUCUACGGCAUCUGGGUCUUCGCAGACCCGCCGCCCGCCUCCACUGCCAACUGCCGCAUCGAAACCGCCGACAAGAUCAUGAAAGCCGCAGAGAAGGCGCGGCUGAGCCGGGAGGGCAAGGAGCUGGAAGGCAAGAACGGCGUGCAUCAGGCAUCAGAGCACGUCGAGUCGGCAACGUCUGCCCCCAUGGGACGCCAGCUCUCCCUCCGCGAGCUUUUUGGCCAGCAACGCCAGCAAGACGCUUCUUUCAGUGUUCACGACCACCACAGCCAGCACAUGCCAACCAACUACCCACAACAGCCAGCAUACACGCCCACACCCAACCCUGGAAUGUCACAACAGGACGUGCUUGGCCAGCUGUUCUUCAAUGCAAAGCAGAACUACAACGGCCUGGGCUGA